CUAUGGCAUACAAGAUGGGUGUACUUUACUUUUAGGUUAGGGAAUUAAAGAUUUAUGAAAUUAAAGUUUGACUAAAAUGAAAUAUAUUUAUAAAAUGGAAUCAGUGCUGAUAAGUAUAGCCAUCGUUUUAUGUAGCGUGUUACUAGUAAAACUACUUUAUAAAUUGCGGUCAGCUUUACCUUGGCGUGUAAACUGUUGGUUCUGUAAUAGUGAUUUUUGGGUAAAAUAUCCAGUGCGUAACAGCUGGACUUGUCCAAAAUGUGAUCAGUACAAUGGAUUUACCAAGGAUGGAGACUACAAUAAGCCGAUUACGGCGUGCAGUGACCAGGGUAUCCAAACUCCGAAAGUCUUCAAAAGAAGUCCACCUAAGAAUGGCCUCUGCAAAAUGUGUAAUAUAAAUCAACAGUUGAAAGUGACCCAGCUAGCCAAUUUUGUUCCUAUGAAUGAUAAGAAGUUUGAUGAAGAAAUAGAAUCAUACAGGUUGCAGUUAGAAAAGGCUUACAAGUUAUGCAGUCCAUGCCGUAAAUUCCUCCAAAUGAAAUUGCACAAAGAGAAAGAAACCCUUCUGGGGUCCAAACUCUUAGAAACAAGAACUUUAGACCAGAAGUCUGACAAAGAAAAGCAAUAUAAACAAACCAAACUAUUGAGAAAACUUAUAAACAAUACCUCAAUGCUUGUAGCAGUUAUACUUUUUGUACUGGUUUCUUUUGAACUUUACACAAACCUAACAUUAAGACACAAGAAUUUACUUAGUACAAUAACUAAUAUAAAAGUAAUAGUACUCAGUCUUCUAGAAAGAAUAUACUCUAUUAUUGAAAUGAAGACAACUUUGACAUUCCCUGCUUUAGAAAAUUAUUUCUAUGACAUAAAUAUUGUGAACAUGAUGCCAAAAAGUUUUAAUUUUAGACACAUAAACUUAGACCAAUUAAAUAUAUCUACUCAAGAAACUUUAGGAAGUUUUGUAUGCUUUUUACAAAUAAUAGGACUCAUCUUGAAUGUAAACAACUUGAAAAAUACUAUUCUUAUUGACAUGCAAUGGCUGGUAUAUGUUAUUGCAACAUUAGGACAACGCUAUAUGGCUGUGGAACCUACCUAUUUGAGCUUAAUUAAGAUUUUGUGUAUGUUCUUUGUAAUAUUGGCUUAUAAAUCAAUCAAGACAGAAGCCAUGAAGACAGAAAUAAAGACCCCAACUUCACCGAAACGAAUGAAAAAUCUUGUAAAUUCAUCAAAAAGUACAGUAAUUGAUGAUGAUGACGACACUAUGCAUUUAGACAGUGAUGAUGAUGUCUCAUUGAGCAAAUUUGGUUUGCAUAAUUUUUCCGAGUCUUCAAAUGAAAACUUAGGUACCUUAAAUGCAAGUAUGAUGAAUGGUAGAACUUUUACACCAAGAGCUGACAGUAUAUGGACACAACCCAAACUUAAUUCCACAUUUUGUGUCAACUCAGUGAUUAGCAACAGUCCCAGUUCAGUAUCUGAUACAAUAUUUGUUAAACCUUCAUUCAACAAAUAUCAGAAACUCAUAAAGGAUGAUUCAGACUCAGAAUUAGACGAAAGUAUAAGUUCCUUGUGUAUAGGUAGUCCAAAAAAGGCAAAAAAGAAUACUAAUUCAGUUUUCUCCCUGAGAAAAUUUACUGCUACUCCCAGUUUCAUUGCUCCUACGCCUAUGGCUCGAACUAGGCCUCUGAUAUCGCCGAGCAAAUUAGGUCAUAGUACUUCUUGGGUUGCUGGUGGCUACUGGGGCUCCGAAGGCGAGCGUCAGAUAUUCAGUGUAGAUGGAAGCCGUUCUUCGAGUCAAAGUUCGGGAUUCGAAUCUCAGACUUCUAGUGUAAACCAACGCAAUAUGUUUUCACAACCUCCUUCCCGAGAAGAGUCAAUCUGCGGGGAACCAAUGGUUUUAGAUCGUUUCCCAACUAUGAGUAGUUUAAAUGGUUUCCAGUCACCACAGCACUUCAAUCGCAUAAGUUCGCCAGUAUUUCCCCAGAUGCAGUAUAACAGUCAUGUCCAUAUACCGCAAGCACAAUUUGCUCAACAAAACACAAUGUCUGCGAACAUGUUUGUGCAUCACCAGCAACAUACACAGAGCAGUUUAUUCAAGACUCCUGGCGGGUCUGGUCUUAUAAAGCUGCCGCAAGUCAAUUCCUUCUCAACUCGUUGACUCUUGACGACUAGUCAAACAACUGCCUUGACGUUUCUUACAUGUUUUCUUUAAAUUCUUACGUAUAUUUUUGUCUUGCUUACCUCUUUAUUUUUUACAUUUUUAUAAAGUUCCGUGAACUGCCAUUACGUUAAGAACAUUUUGUUAAGUUAUAUCAUGUUAGUUGUAAGCGAUUGUUAGUUGUAACGUUUGAGACUAAACUUAGUUUGUAAGAAGUAUUUGCUGAUCUCGUGUUGGUGCCAGGUGUUGGCGAUAUGAAAGCAUUAAGAAUUAUUGUAUUGUUAACAAUUUUUAUAUGGACGUCACUGUCCUAUUCUCGAACAAAAUGUGAUAUGUAAAGACUAAAUAAUUUUUUGCAAAAAGUGAAAAUGAUUCUUGAUGUUAUCAUCGUUUUGAUUUUGUCAUCUUAAAACGGAAACUUUUUGUGAAUUUCCUGCAAUAUAAAAAAUAAAAUUGUAA